UUCUGAACUUGCCCUUUUCCGGUCACGAGAGAAAGAAACAGGGAGCAGUGAAUAUUAAUCCCAAAGCUCACGCCUUUUUCAGAUAAUUCAUACAUUUUUCCUUUGUCAUUUGCAUAUAGACGCACAUAUCUAGGGAAUCAUCUGCUUUUGGGUGUCUUUGACAGAUUGGGUUUUGCUUUAUCAGAUUGGUUUCUCAAAGAAAGACACAGAUAGGGCAAGAAAACUUUUAAAUGUGGCUUGUGUGAUGCAUGUGCAUUAUGUAUGGAUAAUAUGAUCUGAUUUGAGUCUGNGUGAGAGAAGAAUUUUGCGUAGCUUGUUGAGGUGAAAUGUUGGAAAUAGUUGGGGAAGGAGGAUCUGAAAUGGAAAAGGAAUUUGAUUCAAAGGUUAAGCUUCAGAGCAGUCCAUCCAAUUCUCAGAGAUCCAAAAGCUUUACAUUCAGAGCUCCCCAGGAAGACUUCUCCAUUCAAGACUUUGAAUUGGGAAAGAUCUAUGGAGUUGGUUCUUAUUCCAAGGUUGUUAGAGCUAAGAAGAAAGAUACUGGAAAUGUUUAUGCCAUGAAAAUCAUGGACAAAAACUUCAUCACCAAGGAAAAUAAGACUGCAUAUGUGAAAUUGGAGCGCGUUGUACUUGAUCAGCUAGACCAUCCUGGCAUUGUGCGUCUAUGUUUUACAUUUCAGGACACCUUUUCACUAUACAUGGCUCUCGAGUCUUGUGAAGGUGGAGAACUUUUUGAUCAAAUAACUAGGAAAGGACGUCUGCCAGAAGGUGACGCUCGUUUCUAUGCCGCAGAAGUUGUAGAUGCUCUUGAAUACAUACAUAGCAUGGGAUUAAUACAUAGAGAUAUUAAGCCAGAGAACCUGCUGCUUACUGCAGACGGGCACAUCAAAAUCGCGGACUUUGGCAGUGUUAAGCCCAUGCAAGACAGUCAAAUAACAGUACUACCAAAUGCUGCCUCGGAUGAUAAGGCUUGCACCUUUGUGGGAACAGCAGCUUAUGUCCCUCCAGAGGUUUUAAAUUCUUCACCUGCAACUUUUGGAAAUGACCUCUGGGCACUUGGCUGCACAUUGUAUCAAAUGCUCUCUGGGACAACUCCCUUCAAAGGUGCUAGUGAAUGGCUCAUUUUUCAAAGAAUCAUUGCCAGAGAUAUCGAAUUUCCGAACUACUUCUCUGAUGAAGCGAGAGAUCUUAUUGAUCGGCUGUUGGACAUUGAUCCUAGCAGAAGACCUGGUGCAGGUCCAGAUGGCUAUGCCUCACUUAAAAACCACCCUUUCUUUCGAGGGGUUGACUGGCAAAAUUUAAGGGCUCAAACCCCUCCGCGGCUAGCUUUGGAUCCAAAAUCACAAUCCUUUCAUAGUGGAGGCGAUGAUCAAGAGUCGUGGAAUCCCACACAUGUUGGGGAUGGUUCAGCUAGAACAAAUGAUGGAGCCUCAUCAUCAUCUUCUGAAGCUGCUGCCGCCAGUAGCAUCACAAGGCUAGCUUCAAUUGAUUCUUUCGACUCGAAAUGGAAACAGUUUUUGGAUCCUGGGGAGUCGGUACUGAUGAUCUCCAUGGUUAAAAAGAUACAGAAGCUCGCUAACAAGAAAGUGCAGCUCAUCCUCACAAACAAGCCGAAGCUUAUUUACUUAGACCCGUCAAAGUUGGUUGUCAAAGGGAACAUUAUAUGGUCCGACAAUCCGAAUGACCUCAGCGUUCAAGUCACUAGCCCUUCAAACUUCAAGAUUUGCACCCCAAAGAAGAUCUUGGCUUUUGAGGAUGCCAAGCAGAGAGCGUCGCAGUGGAAAAAGGCAAUCGAGGCUCUUCAAAACCGGUGAUUUGAUUUCAUACAUACAAACACACAUACUUUGGUUGUUACCCUAUGGAAGCUAUUGGAUUGCCAAAAGAAAAAGAAAGAAGAAAUAUGGGUCGAAACGACUAUCAAAGGUCCUUGCGGCCCCACCCGGGGGGGAAAAAUCUACGUCCAUGUUUAACCAUGGUUAAGAGAUUUCUCAGUGGACGAUGGAUCGAGAUGGGUAGUACGUAGUCGAAUGACCUUCGGGUUGUGGUGUAAAACGCCAUCAAAUUCAUAGCAGAGAAAUAUUGUAAAAUAUUGCACAAUGUUUUGUUCUUAGUCUUUUUUUUUGUGUGUUAAUUGUGUAUUGCUUAGGAAUUAUGCUAAGGGUACCCUAAAUUUGACCACAAUUGUGACACUACCUUCUGAGUUCUCACAGAUGUUCAUAGACACUGACAUUGUUCCAU